CUUCCACCCACUCCCGCCAUGAGCCAGCAGGGCAGGGGACGGUGCCCCAAUCCACUUGCACACCGUUUCUAGGGCAGGAAACCCAGGCCAGACCGGGGAGGUUUUGCCCAAAGUCAGAGCUUCCAGAACAGCAGCCAGAGCAGAAAUGGCUCCGCCCUGGGUGCCCGCCGUGGGCUUCACGCUGGCGCCCAGCCUGGGGGGCUUCCUGGCGGGCAGGGCCUCUUCCCUUGCCAGGGCCCCGGCCCCGGGCGGGGCUGUAACUGUCGGUGCUCCUUGGGCAGCGGCGCCGUUUCUGGGCCUCCUCUGCCAAGGGAGGGUGGAGAAAGUGGCGGACCGUGGAUUGCAGCACCGAACCUUCCCUGCGGGGCCUCUGGGGAGGGGCGGGCCGAUGGCUCAACCCCACACUGGCAUCCUGGCUGCUUUCACAACGCCAGGGUUGCCCCGGCAGGGCUGGGAGCCUCACGGCUUCCUUCUUCACAGCCCCGACAACGACAAUAAUGCAGUCAGCGGCAGGGCAGGCCUGACAUCACUGUGUCCUCCCGGAGGUCAGUGCGCUCCUGGCCUCUUUUCCGGCGUUGCCCUGACAGGUGUCCUCUGUUUCAGGUACGGCUCCUACCUGGUCUGGAGAGAGCUGGGGGGCUUCUCGGAGGAAGCUGUGGUGCCCCUGGGCCUCUACGCGGGGCAGCUGACCCUGAACUGGGCAUGGCCUCCCAUCUUCUUUGGCUCCCGACAGAUGGGUGUGGCCCUGGUGGACCUCCUGCUGACGGGGGGGCUGGUGGCAGCCACCGCCGUGGCCUGGCACCGGGUGAGCCCUCCGGCCGCUCGGCUGCUCUACCCGUACCUGGCCUGGCUGGCCUUUGCGACCGCGCUCAACUACUGCUCAGACGUGACCCCGAAUUACGAGGAGUUAGGGGAGCUGAGCAGACAGCCGCCCGCCCUGCAGCCGCACCUGUACACUCGCUGCGAUUCGCUGUCCAACAAGCUCGGCUCCGAGGCACCUAGGGCUCUGCGGCGGUGA